AUGCUCUCCACCGCCUUCCUCGCUGCGGGGUACGUCCUCCGCUCCAAAGUCCACGCGGAGAAGGCGAAGAACGGCCCGCUCGUCCCCUUCAAGGUUAUCGCCCAGGCCUUCUUCGCCCUGCUCUACCUCGCCGUCUCUAGCGCCGGCGCGCUCAAGGGACUCACCGCGGCCUCGUUCACCACCUUCUUCGCAGGCGCCACCCCGACCAUGAUCGCGGUGAAUGUCGGCAUCAUUGUCUGGGCGGGCCUGUUCAUCUCGGCAGGGAGCACCGUGCUGCAAAUCGCAGGACAGGCCCUAGUCAGUGCGUCCGAGGCCGUCAUCAUUUUCAGCCUCACCCCGCUGUGCGCAGCGCUCCUGGCCAUCCCGCUCGGGGAGCGCUUCGGGCUAAAGGGCAUCAUCGGAGCUGGGCUCAUUUUGGUUUCCACGCUGCUCGCCUCUAGGAGCCCGGACGCCCCGAAGAAGGUUAAGCAAUGA